AGGACGUGCGAAAAGCGACGGCGCCGCACGGUGCGGCGCAGCUCCGGCUCGCCUUUCCCCCUUGCUGGGCGAGAGGUGUCUAUGGGGCGCCCGCUGCCGCCGCCGCUACCGCCACCGUCACCGCCGCCGGGUGCUGUCUCUAUGGCGAGGAGGAGGAGGAGAAGCGCGAGCUCAGCGACCCAAGUACAUAAAUAAAGAAUACAGUAUUUUAUGAAACAAAUCUUCAAUCAAGUAUAACAUUUUGAUGCUUGGCAUCUAGACUCCCUUGUGCCCUCAGUAUGCCAGCAGCAACUGUAGAUCAUAGCCAAAGAAUUUGUGAAGUUUGGGCUUGCAACUUGGAUGAAGAGAUGAAGAAAAUUCGUCAAGUUAUCCGAAAAUAUAAUUACGUUGCUAUGGACACCGAAUUUCCAGGUGUGGUUGCAAGACCCAUUGGAGAAUUCAGGAGCAAUGCUGACUAUCAAUACCAACUACUGCGGUGUAAUGUAGACUUGUUAAAGAUAAUUCAGCUAGGACUGACAUUUAUGAAUGAGCAAGGAGAAUACCCUCCAGGAACUUCAACAUGGCAGUUUAAUUUUAAAUUUAAUUUGACGGAGGACAUGUAUGCCCAGGACUCUAUAGAGCUACUAACAACAUCUGGUAUUCAGUUUAAAAAACAUGAGGAAGAAGGAAUUGAGACCCAGUACUUCGCAGAACUUCUUAUGACUUCAGGAGUGGUCCUCUGUGAAGGGGUCAAAUGGUUGUCAUUUCACAGCGGUUACGACUUUGGCUAUUUAAUCAAAAUCCUGACCAACUCUAACUUGCCUGAAGAAGAACUUGACUUCUUUGAAAUCCUUAGAUUGUUUUUUCCUGUCAUUUAUGAUGUGAAGUACCUCAUGAAGAGCUGCAAAAAUCUCAAAGGUGGAUUACAGGAGGUGGCAGAACAGUUAGAGCUGGAACGGAUAGGACCACAACAUCAGGCAGGAUCUGAUUCAUUGCUCACAGGAAUGGCGUUUUUCAAAAUGAGAGAAAUGUUCUUUGAAGAUCAUAUUGAUGAUGCCAAAUAUUGUGGUCAUUUGUAUGGCCUUGGUUCUGGUUCAUCCUAUGUACAGAAUGGCACAGGGAAUGCAUAUGAAGAGGAAGCCAACAAGCAGUCAUGACAUGAAAUAGUCCUUUUAUUUUUAUUUCAAGCUACACACAUGCUUGUAUAUAGGUUUUAUCUCUGGUUGAAUCCCUUGAACAAGAGACAGUACCUUUCCCCUGCCCCUUUCAUGGCCCAUUUUAUUGUCUACCUUUCAGUACUAAGUAUGACCGUUCCUAUCUCAGAUCUUAAUAAAAAAAAAAAAUGCAUUCAGGUUAAAUUUGGCCUUAAUAUACUUGUUAGAAAGCGUGUGUGACAGAGAGUGGGGAAAGCUACGUCACUGAAUAUUUUGAUAAACUUUACCUACUUGAGUUGGGUUUAUUUUUCCCUUUUCCUAAAUUAACUAGCACUGACUGUAAUUUAUUUCCCUGUUUCAUGUCUCUCCCUUUCAUUCUGCAGGAGUUUUAGCUAUUUGAGAUUAUGGACCAUCAAUUUUGCACUUUAGAGAGUGAUUCUGACUCAAAACCUCUGUUUUAUCAGAAAUUCUGUUUUUUUCUUGAUCUUAGCUGGAAAAAUGACCAUCUGCCAACUUUACACAGUAUUUACUUGGUUUUGACCCACAGACUGUAGCACAUUCAUUGUGCUGUCAGUUCAACAAGAUGAAAAAAAAAAAAAAA